UCAAACUCAUUUAGCUAGCUAGAAACAAACACAAAUGUACUGUUCUAACGUUAUACUUUUACCGAAAAUGGGAGAUCCUGUGGCUGAAUACACGUCCCGACUUCAACAGCAGGUCAGCUCUGAUACUUUACAAAGACCUCUUGGUUUGCAAUAAUGUACUGAAGUUAAGCAAAUGUAGGUAGCUACGCUAACGUGGACUCGUUUCUGUCGUAAUGUGUGGCAACUGGCUAGCUUGCUGGCUGACUGGCUGGCUAAACAUUGCAGCAACUUGCUAGCUGCCUUGAAAUGUGCUAUAAAACGUGUAAAAUCAGCCUGAUGCUAGGUAAGUGUUAUCUUUGUUGUAUUCUAGCUAGCUGUAUUCAGUGUGUGUGUUACUGCAAAGACUGGUUACAGGUUAGCUGUCACUCAUGAUGUUGAAAAUGCAGCCAUGCAUUCAGUGUACGUACGGCCCUUCCCAUAUAGACGUUUCCUGAUAACUAUCAAUCAUGACAUACUGUAACGUUAAGGGACAAUUAUUAGCUAAUUUAGCUGAAGCUUUCAGUUUUGUUCUGACGGGUGUGGCAUCAUGUGAUUUUCUCAAUAUCUGCUAUCAGUAGCUACAUUUAUGAGUUUGAGUCAAAGUCCUGAAUAUUGUCAUUGCACACUGUACCUCAACCAAUCCUGCAUUUGUGCUGUUUUCGUAGACCGGGUAUAGGUGUAGAGGCAGGACAUUUUCUUAACAGUGAACCCUUCGUCUGUCUAGGAGCAGGAUAUCCAUUCCCUGACUUCUGAGAUCGAGAGCCUGAAGAACCCACAGAACCUGAGAUCGUUCUCACACCUGGAUGGGCUGAGAGAGGAGAACGCCAAGCUCAAAUACCGCCUCAACGUCCUCAAAAGGGUGAGUGAUCACUUGCAUAGGUAUUUCCACACUCCACGCUGGGUACAUUAAUGUUAUGAGAUUGAGCUAUCUUAUUCAUUCACAGGAUUACAGGCAAUAUCCGCACUGAGCUAAAGGGUAGAGCUGCCGUUUUCAAUGAGCGGGACUCUAACCCGGACGCUUAUAAGAAAUCCCGCUAUGCCCUCCGACGAAGCAUCAAACAGGCAAAGAGUCAAUACAGGACUAAGAUUGAAUCGUACUACACCGGCUCCGACGCUCUUCGGAUGUGGCAGGGCUUGCAAACUAUUACAGACUACAAAGGGAAGCACAGCCGCGAGCUGCCCAGGGACACCAUAGACCCACUCCAAUUUGCAUACAGCCCCAACAGAUCCACAGAUGAUGCAAUCUCUAUUGCACUCCACACUGCCCUUUCCCACCUGGACAAGAGGAACACCUACGUGAGAAUGCUAUUCAUUGACUACAGCUCAGCGUUCAACACCAUAGUGCCCUCAAAGCUCAUCACUAAGCUAAGGACCCUGGGACUAAACACCUCCCUCUGCAACUGGAUCCUCGACUUCUUGACAGGCCGCCCCCAGGUGGUAAGGGUAGGUAACAACACAUCUGCCACGUUGAUCCUCAACACGGGGCCCCUCAGGGGUGCAUGCUCAGUCCCCUCCUGUACUCCCUGUUCACCCAUGACUGCAUGGCCAUGCACGACUCCAACACCAUCAUUAAGUUUGCCGACGACAUCAGUGGUAGGCAUGAUCACCGACAACGAUGAGACAGCCUAUAUGGAGGAGGUCAGAGACCUGGCCGUGUGGUGCCAGGAUAACAACCUCUCCCUCAACAUGAUCAAGAGAAAGGAGAUGAUUGUAGACUACAGGAAAAAAAAGAGGACUGAGCACGCCCCCAUUCUCAUCGACUGGGCUGUAGUGGAAUAGGUUGAGAGCUUCAAGUUCCUUGGUGUCCACAUCACCAACAAACUAUCAUGGUCCAAACACACCAAGACAGUCGUGAAGAGCAGCUGCACCAUCGAGAGCAUCCUGACUGGUUGCAUCAUCCUGACUGGUUGCAAGGCCCUAAAAUGUUUCUAAGACUCCAGCCACCCUAGUCAUAGACUGUUCUCUCUGCUACCGCACAGCAAGCAGAGAUCCAAAACGCUUCUUAACAGCUUCUACCCCCAAGCCAUAAGACUCCUGAACAGCUAAUCAUGGCUACCCGUACUAUGUGCAUUGUCCCCCCCCACCCCAUCCCCUCUUUUACGCUGCUGCUACUCUGUUUAUUAUCUAUGCAUAGUCACUUUAACUCUACCCACAUGUAUAUAUUACCUCGACUAACCAGUGCCCCCGCACAUUGACUCUGUACCGGUACUCCCUGUAUAUAGCCUCCCUACUGUUAUUUUAUUUUACUGCUGCUCUUUAAUUAUUAUUAUUUUAAUUUUUUUGCUUAUAUAUAUAUAUAUAUUUUUUUUUUUUUCUUAAAACAGCAUUGUUGGUUAAGGGCUUGUAAGUAAGCAUUUCACUGUAAGGUCUACACCGGUUAUAUUCUGCGCAUGUGGCAAAUACGAUUUGAUUUGACAUACAGGAGGUGACUAGAUCAAAUCAAUUGUAUUUGUCACACGCGCCGAAUACAACCGGUGUAGAGCUUACCGUGAAAUGCUUACUUACAAGCCCUUAACCAACAAUGCAGUUCAAUAAAUAUUUAAGAAAAUAUUUACUAAAUUAAAAAUUAAAUUAAAAGUAACACAAUAAAAUAUCAAUAACGAGGCUAUAUACAGGGGGUACCGGUACCGAGUCAAUGUGUGGGGGUACAGGUUAGUUGAGGUAAUUUGUACAUGUAGGUAGGGGUAAAGUGACUAUGCAUAGAUAAUAAAGAGCCUGUUGGAGGAGAGGAGAGAGGCUAAGUAGCUAUCUAUAGAUUGUCCCCUAUACUUUGUAUUGAAGUGCUCUCUAUCUAUCCUCCCUCCCCAGAGUCUGCAGGAAGAGAGGAGUCGGUGCAGUAAGACCAUGAUGAACAUCAACCAGCGUCUGCAGGAGAUCUUUGGUGAGGCCAUCCGGGAGGCCUGCCCUGACCUGGAGAACCCUCCCCUGGCCGUCACCCCCAACCAGCAGGCCAAAUUUGGGGACUACCAGUGUAACAGCGCUAUGGCAAUGGCCCAGGUGGCACAACAACACUGAUGGAUCUUAUUCUCUUUGACGCUUGUUUCUCUGCACAUCAGCCAAUUAAAAUCGUGGACAUAGUUGCACGUGAUAAAACGCUACGUUAGCUGUUCCCAUUAGAUAACCUGGCACAUUUAGCCCUAUGCUAACCUAACCAGCUGGCAGUGAUUAUUUCCUGUAACAAAUUCCGCAGCAGCCUAUCAAAGAUCUUAGACUAUAUAUCCAACAACCAAUGGCAUUUCUUAAAAUAGGUCAACUUGGACACCAGAAGUAUACAUUAACCCUCCAAAUUCAAGGUUGACUUUGUUCCAAUUGGUCUGUCACGUGUAGUGUGCCAAUAUAGCAUGAUGCAUCCUUGACCAGUUUACUAGCUACUAACGUUAGACAAAAUUCUAAAGUCAAGUUUUCGCAUAUAUGACAAAAUCCCACGUUUCACACAACCAUGUGUUUUUACGGGAAAGAGAUAAAGGAGGUCUAUUCAACAUUUGUGACCGACUGCCUCGAUUCGGUCUUAUGUAGCAACAUUUGAAAUAGUGUUUUUUACAUUGGAUAAGUAGAGACUCAAAGCUAGAAAAUGGUAUAUCAUACACUACAGUUGAGGAACAAUGGGUAAGUAAUUCUGCUUUGAAAGUUGAUAAACUUGUAACCCCACUUUUGAGAAAAUGGCCCUUGAAUGUUUUGGUACACCUACUGGAGAGCUCUUUUUUGUCUACACCCAUUCAGCAUCGUUCACAUGUUCCAGAAGGAUUUUCUGCCAAAAAACGCAUUUUGAUAAAAAAUAAAUGUUAACAUUCUAAUGCUGCUCCUGUGAAGUAGUGACGUGUGACGACAUCCUAGUUUCCUGAAACGAGUCACAUUUGAAGUUUAUUGUACAUCCCCCAAAAAAUGCCUAAUGGUCUUGUCAAAUAGCUGUCAUAUAGCUCCAUUACUAUCGCUGCCAGGUGGCAUACUCCGCUAAACCGGGUAACUGUGAAUCUACUGGGCACAGUAACCGCGGGUUUGAGGCCCCCUCACAUUAAGCGUUUUUGUUAAGGAUUUUUUUUUUUUUAAACUGCUGGUCACUAUGCUCGAUACAAAUAACGCGUAUGUGACAAAGUGGAUAAUUCGAAUAAUGCAUAUAAAACAUUGUACAUUUAAGUGUAGCCCGGUGGUUCCCAAACCUUUUUUAACCAUGUUACACCUUUGAUGGGAUAUCAAAUUCUGUGGCACCUAAAAUUCCCCUAUUAAUUAAUUUAGUGGUAAUGACCUCCAUCUCAUCUGGUCCAUACUGCAAAUCAUCUAUUUUCUGUGACAUAAAAAAAAAAAAAAAGAUUUAAAAUAGGGUUUAUUUGAAAUUGUUUCAUGGUUAAUUUGUGUGUACUCCUUUUAAGAGCGUCCUGCGAAUCUGUGCCAGCAAGAAAACAAUGUAGCUCCGGUAAAAAUAGGUGUUUAGUUUUGAACGGUUUGAGCUAGAGGCAAGUGGUUUUCUGCAUUGUAAAGAUGCAACUACGAACACUAAGCCAUGCUCCAUUUGUUUCUAUGGCAGAGGCUGUGGUAUAGCUAAGCCCAGAGCAAUAUAUGAAGAAAUAAAUGACUCUGGCUAAUCAGACUUGCUUGUGCUAAUGGUUUUCACAGACAAAGUAAAAUUAUACAAAUGACUUUGCUUGUAAUGCGCGCACAUCAAAUUAUACAGCCUGAGCAAACUGGACUUGAAACAAUGAUACAGAUGUAACCAUGUGCCAUUUAAUGUUUAUAAGUGAGUGUUACAUUUUUCGUGGCACACCUGAACAUUUCCUCAAAGCACACCAGUGUGCCGCGGCACAUCGGUUGGGAACCACUGGUGUAGCCUACACGUCUAUGUAAUAUAUGUAGGCCUAAUAAACUUGAUUAUAAGCAGUGUUCUUGUCUAUAAGGAUGAAGAAAGAUGCAGCUCCUCAUGAAAUAUAUUCUUAUUCUUCAUUUUCAAUGUGUUGUAUGGACUUCCCUUCUCAACACACUAACACAAUAAAUGUAAUUCUACAUUUCAAAGGAAUACACUAUCUCACCUGGGAUUUGAACUUGCCGCAAACUGCGAAAAAUUACCAGGAGCCAGGUUCGCUACACUUUGAGCUAUUCAUACAGGUGAAAUUUCUAGCGUGUUUUAGUCACUUUGCAGGGCUCAACAUUAACGCUUGUCCUCUUGUCCGGGACAAGAAAACAUUUUUUUGUUUGACAAGAAGAAUAUAGAUUCAAUUUGUCUGAAUGGACAAGUUAAAAAAAAUCCCACAAGUCACUAUCAAACAAUUACUCCGAUCAGAAUUGGAUCAAAGAGGCCAACAUUGGAAUAAUAUUCAAAUCUGUUUUUCAUGUAAAUAAAUAAAAAGCCUACGUGCAUAUUGGCUACAGCCCAAACCGAUGCUGACAUGAGGUACAGUGAGGGGAAAAAAGUAUUUGAUCCCCUGCUGAUUUUGUACGUUUGCCCACUGACAAAGAAAUGAUCAGUCUAUAAUUUUAAUGGUAGGUUUAUUUGAACAGUGAGAGACAGAAUAACAACAAAAAAUUCCAGAAAAACGAAUGUCAAAAAUGUUAUAAAUUAAUUUGCAUUUAAUGAGGGAAAUAAGUAUUUGACCCCCUCUCAAUCAGAAAGAUUUCUGGCUCCCAGGUGUCUUUUAUACAGGUAACGAGCUGAGAUUAGGAGCACACUCUUAAAGGGAGUGCUACUAAUCUCAGCUUGUUACCUGUAUAAAAGACACCCGUCCACAGAAGCAAUCAAUCAAUCAGAUUCCAAACUCCCCACCAUGGCCAAGACCAAAGAGCACUCCAAGGAUGUCAGGGACAAGAUUGUAGACCUACACAAGGCUGGAUUGGGCUACAAGACCGUCGCCAAGCAGCUUGGUGAGAAGGUGACAACAGUUGGCGCGAUUAUUCGCAAAUGGAAGAAACACAAAAUAACUGUCAAUCUCCCUCGGCCUAGGGCUCCAUGCAAGAUCUCACCUCGUGGAGUUGCAAUGAUCAUGAGAACGGUGAGGAAUCAGCCCAGAACUACACGAGAGGAUCUUGUUAAUGAUCUCAAGGUAGCUGGGACCAUAGUCACCAAGAAAACAAUUGGUAACACACUACGCCGUGAAGGACUGAAAUCCUGCAGUGCCCGCAAGGUCCCCUUGCUCAAGAAAGCACAUAUACAGGCCCAUCUGAAGUUUGCCAAUGAACAUCUGAAUGAUUCAGAGGAGAACUGGGUGACAGUAUUGUGGUCAGAUGAGACCAAAAUCGAGCUCUUUGGCAUCAACUCAACUCACCGUGUUUGGAGGAGGCGGAAUGCUGCCUAUGACCCCAAGAACACCAUCCCCACCGUCAAACAUGGAGGUGGAAACAUACUUUGGGGGUGUUUUUCUGCUAAGGGGACAGGACAAUUUCACCGCAUCAAAGGGACGAUGGACGGGGCCAUGUACCGUCAAAUCUUGGGUGAGAACCUCCUUCCCUCAGCCAGGGCAUUGAAAAUGGGUCGUGGAUGGGUAUUCCAGCAUGACAAUGACCCAAAACACACGGCCAAGGCAACAAAGGAGUGGCUCAAGAAGAAGAACAUUAAGGUCCUGGAGUGGCCUAGCCAGUCUCCUGACCUUAAUCCCAUAGAAAAUCUGUGGAGGGAGCUGAAGGUUCGAGUUGCCAAACAUCAGCCUCGAAACCUUAAUGACUUGGAGAAGAUCUGCAAAGAGGAGUGGGACAAAAUCCCUCCUGAGAUGUGUGCAAACCUGGUGGCCAACUACAAGAAACGUCUGACCUCUGUGAUUGCCAACAAGGGUUUUGUCACCAAGUACUAAGUCAUGUUUUGCAGAGGGGUCAAAUACUUAUUUCCCUCAUUAAAAUGCAAAUCAAUUUAUAGCAUUUUUGACAUGCGUUUUUCUGGAUUUUUUUGUUGUUAUUCUGUCUCUCACUGUUCAAAUAAACCUAUUAUUAAAAUUAUAGACUGAUCAUGUCUUUGUCAGUGGGCAAACGUACAAAAUCAGCAGGGGAUCAAAUACUUUUUUCCCUCACUGUAGGUGCCAGAAAAUGUAGCCAAACUUGAAUGACUUUUAAUUACAUAAACAUAGGCUAAACGCCAGUCAUGUUUGACAAAUAUAAUGAAGGAUAAUUAACAUUAAUGUCUAAAGGCUUGAUUCUGUCGACAAGGCACGGUUCGUUCAGAUCAAAUGGUCAAAAGACCGGAGAGUGAAGGACAAUGCCUGUUGCUCACUGCACAUCACCCACCUUGCAAUCUGAGCGGAGGCGGUCAGCAUUUAAAAAAAUGAUUUCACCAUAAACUUCAUUGUUUAAAACCUGGAUGUUUAAUGUCAUUUUAUGAAGCAUGUCUUACCUUGUUUCAAAGUAGCCUAGCCAAAAUACGACCAUAGAAAUGUUGAGGGCAUUAUUUCAUAAACACUUCACAUGCCGUUGAAACCAGCAUUUUUCUCGUGUUCUAUUGGUUUUCAAAUCAACAUGAUUUUAUUGUCCAGCAGCCAAAGGAAUAAUCCUAGUCAUAUUAGUAACCCAUGCUAGUUGAUGCAUCUUUAGAUCUCCCCUUUUUCUUAAUCUCUAACGGAUAUUUUAAUCUGUGUCACAUGAAACUGCUCACGCGUGGUGUGCUUUUGAGAACUGUUUGUUCCCGCUAAUUCAUUUUGGAACAUUCCUGAGUAGCCUACUGCCAUGUGUGCAUUGUUGAGCUUAUAAUAUGAAGAAAUAAAACUUUAGAAACAUUUUAAGCUGAUCUGUUGCAUCAGCCUCAUUGCUUUUUUAAAUGUUUUAAUGUGCAGUGGUUGUAUGAAAUUUGGAUCUGUCGUUCCAGAACUGUCCCCGAGUUUUUUUUAAACCGUAGACAUUUUUUAUUGUCCCAGGGACAACGGGACUCCCUUAAUUUCGAGUCCUGGAGGGAAUUAUUUUAUAAAGACAUAAAACUAUUUGGUUGUAAUUGUAAUGUUGCAAUAUUUUAUAGGCUACCAAGGGUGGCCAACCAUCCUCCAGGAGAGCCUUAAAAGGGGAGUGUUGUAUUUUGAGACGGGCUUGAAUAUGAAAAGAAGCCAGUAAGCAGAGUGUAGCGAAUUUUUUUUGUCUGAUUCUCUAUGGUAAAAAAAAUGUACUAAUACAUUUUAUUUUGUGUGGCAUCCUUGCAUCAUACAAUUAUGUGUUACAGACCUUUUUCUGGGGGGGACAAGUGACUUGAGCUUUUGUAAAAAAUCUAUCCUAAAAUAAGCAGAUCGUACCGUUUGAAGUUUGUUAAGGACAUUUUCAUGAAAUAGUGCUAGUUCACGUCCAAUUAAAUUUGUAAUUUGCCGAUGCAGAAUUUGUGACAUGGAUAUAAUCAUGUCCAUCUAGUGAUAUUAGCAUAGUGCAAAGUGCGCCAGGUUAACUGAUGAGAAAAGCUAAUAUGUAGCGUUUUAUCACGUGCAACUACAUUGACGAUUUUAAUUGGCUGAUGCGCAUUUUGAGACUGAGAAAGUUUAAACUGAAACUUUUUUCUAAUGUUCAAGUAUGGACCCACUUUGUCUUCUUUUGUUACCUGUUUUGUUAUGCGUUUGUGUUGUCUCUCUGUCCCUGCAAACUCUCUCCCACUAACUAUUUAUUUCAGUCUGUCUCUUGCUCUUUCUGAGUUAGGCAUAUAGCCUAAAUAUCAACAGCUCAACUUUCAUUUGAGCAGUUAGGGGGUGAAUGAAAUGGGAGUGUCAUUGUUUUCGAUUUAUUGUGUUUCAGAUGAUGAAAUCAAAGGGCCUGAAAGUGAACCCCAGGGAGAUCGCCGAGAAGAUUCAGCAGAACAUUCCAGACAAUGAGCUCAUUGAGAAGACCGAAAUUGCUGGACCAGGUUUGUGAAAAUUCACCAAACAAGGAGGUGGGCAGAACUAGCAAGGAGGUGGGCAGAGCCAAGCACGAGCUAGCAAGAUCUUAUUGGCAUGUUUUAGCAUGUAUUUGCAUAUUUCCGUUAGGGAACGCCUACUCUGUGAAGUGUGCAUGUGCAAUAACUCCAUUUGCCCUUGCACUCCUUCUAAACAACGCAAAAGUCUACAAAACUUAGUGUACUUUAUUGAUAUUAAAUGUUUCAUGAUGAGAACAUUUGCAGAAUGUCGGCCCAGUUACAUCUCGCUCCAUAUUCUACCACCACCGGCCACUGGGCUUCCUCUCCUCACCAUAAUUAGUGGGGAGUGAAAUUCCAACCGAUGCUUCAGAUUGAUACAUCUGGUGAAACUAGGGUGACCACAUGUUCAGGAUUGUGCGGGAUAGUCCCGCAUUUUAGCCCUUUGUCCUGCAACUAAACAGUCAUGUCCCGCAUGUUAUCAACAAAUUCAAACCCCACUAAUUUAGAAAAAAAGGUUGAUUUGUCCCGUAUUUCAGACAUUCCAAACUGUCUCUUGCAGUCACGUUGCGCUUAUUAACAUAUAUAUAUAUAUAUUAUAAGGAUGUGGUCUGUUAAACACUUCUCCAGUUAUUGUUGAGAUCUGAUAUUCUAUCAUCAACCAAUCUCAUUUCUCAAAUCUUUUCAGACUAAAUUCCAGUUAAACUUGGAGAGGACACUUACUUACAAAAUGCAUGUUUCUGACGAAGAGCUACAAAAGUUAAUUGCCGUAUUAGACAGAAAGAUAUAAGGUCAUUUUGUGAAACUUGAGGUGUCCAUGCUCAUUACUUGCUCAUUCAACAUAUUUGCUGCUACUUCACACAAUCCCAUUUUAAAAGUAUCCCUUUCUAACUGUUUUACAUUCCCUGAGACCAACCAGAAAUGUUUCCUUUGGGAAAAAUAUUCCCAGAUUUAUAAAACAGCCACAUAUCUCGUUUCUGCAUCACCACAUUUUCCGUGAGGCAUUAGAGUAGGCUACGUGCACUUAAACCAGCUCAUUCGGUGUAGGGGUAUAGUGCUGCCGGAGGGUUAUCGCUCCGCCACUUCUCACAAUGUUGCUUAUUUAGUAAAGUUAGAUCAAAGCUGAAUCAAUGUCUUGGAAGAUCACAUAAUAUUUAAUUAGUAUUCUACAUAACAGAACCAAAUAUAAUAGCAAAGUAUAACGUUACUCUUACACCAAAAACACCACCUCAAUUCUUGAGAUUUUAGGAUGGUUAGCUAAAAUGUCACAAAUGUUUUUUUCUCAUGCUGCCACUAGGCAGAAUGUGCUUGGUUUGAAACAAAAUAUAGGAAGGCUAUAUAGUUUUAACACCAUCUGCUCUAAUUUGUUCACGAAACAGUAAUUCAAUGAGAUCUAAAUGCAUAUUCCCAUGAAACUGAUUCAGAUCAAACGAUUGGCAUGCAGAUGAUGUUUGGACGUUUCACUGGUAAAACAUGGAGAAUUAUAAUUCACGAUUGACCGUGAUGAUGGCCUAUUGUGAAAUGAGUUAUGCCUAACUUGGUGAUUAAAAAACCAUUAUAUUUUGAAAAAAAGUAAAAAAAUAAAUAAAUAAAAAGUCUGUAAAUGAUAUCAUAGGUAGGACUGGUGGAGUUAUGUCGCACAUGCAGCUAACAAAAACAUAUGGAAAUGUCUGCUCUACUCAAAAUUACAACCAAAUAAUUGCAGCAUUACCGCAAAAAUGGAAGAGGAAAGUGAAAUGGGGAAAAAGUAAGGAACUUGUCUGUUGGCCCUGCAUUAAAGAACAUAAUUGGUUAAAGGAAAUUGUGAUAAAUAAAAAAGUAUACCAGUUUCAUUUAAGGACCAAAGGAUUGACAGCCGUCCCAUAUAGAUUGCAAAAUAGUUGGGAAGAGAUUUUUGACGUACCGAUUCCAUGGCAUAGUGUUUAUGAACUGAUGCGCAAAACGAUGCCGUAUUCAAAACGUAGAAUAUUUCAAUUAAAAUUAUUAUAUAAAAUUCUUGCUACCAAUAGAAUGUUAUUUAUAUAUACAAUCUUCCCAGCUCUGCAGAUUUUGUUGCGAAGAGACAGAAUCAUUAGAUCAUUUGUUUUGGUACUGUCCAUUUGUGGCUUGUUUUUGGACACAGGUCCAGGAAUGGCUAAAGGAUUGCAAUAUUUUCCUGGAGCUAACCCUGCAGAUAGCACUACUGGGUGAUCUGAAAAGUCAUAGUCAAUCGAUCAAUAAUAUAAUAAUACUUUUAGCAAAAAUGUUUAUUUUCAAUUUACAAUCUGUAGAAACAAUGAGAAUAGAAGGGUUCAGAACUUUUGUAAAACAUCACAGUACAAUUGAAAAAUAUGUCAAAUAGAAAUCCAAUAUGGAUGGUGUUGAAUGGAGUAGAAGGAUGGGACUAAUAACAACUAACAACAACUAAUAACAACAAGAUAACUAAUGUAAAGCAUGCUGUGUCUAUAAUAAGUUUAUAGGUUGAGAGCUUUUGUGAACUGGAUGGACAUCAUGAAAAUAAGUAGAGGUUGAGGGUAGAGGAAGUUCAUGAGUAAAAACAAACAAAAUAUAAUUAUUGUAAAAUUGACUGUGUCCAUAGAAUGUAUAUACACUGCUCAAAAAAAUAAAGGGAACACUAAAAUAACACAUCUGAAUGAAUGAAAUAAUCUUAUUAAAUACUUUUUUCUUAACAUAGUUGAAUGUGCUGACAACAAAAUCACACAAAAAUCAUCAAUGGAAAUCAAAUGUAUCAACCCAUGGAGGUCUGGAUUUGGAGUCACCCUCAAAAUUAAAGUGGAAAACCACACUACAGGCUGAUCCAACUUUGAUGUAAGGUCCUUAAAACAAGUAAAAAUGAGGCUCAGUCGUAUGUGUGGCCUCCACGUGCCUGUAUGACCUCCCUACAACGCCUGGGCAUGCUCCUGAUGAGAUGGCGGAUGGUCUCCUGAGGGAUCUUCUCCCAGACCUGGACUAAAGCAUCCGCCAACUCCUGGACAGUCUGUGGUGCAAUGUGGCGUUGGUGGAUGGAGCGAGACAUGAUGUCCCAGAUGUGCUCAAUUGGAUUCAGGUCUGGGGAACGGGUGCGCCAGUCCAUAGCAUCAAUGCCUUCCUCUUGCAGGAACUGCUGACACACUCCAGCCACAUGAGGUCUAGCAUUGUCUUGCAUUAGGAGGAACCCAGGGCCAACCGCACCAGCAUAUGGUCUCACAAGGGGUCUGAGGAUCUCCUCUCGGUACCUAAUGGCGGUCAGGCUACCUCUGGCGAGCACAUGGAGGGCUGUGCGGCCCCCCAAAGAAAUGCCACCCCACACCAUGACCGACCCACCGCCAAACCGGUCAUGCUGGAGGAUGUUGCAGGCAGCAGAACGUUCUCCACGGCGUCUCCAGACUCUGCCACGUGCUCAGUGUGAACCUGCUUUCAUCUGUGAAGAGCACAGGGCGCCAGUGGCGAAUUUGCCAAUCUUGGUGUUCUCUGGCAAAUGCCAAACGUCCUGUACGGUGUUGGGCUGUAAGCACAACCCCCACCUGUGGACGUCGGGCCCUCAUACCACCCUCAUGGAGUCUGUUUCUGACCGUUUGAGCGGACACAUGCACAUUUGUGGCCUGCUGGAGGUCAUUUUGCAGGGCUCUGGCAGUGCUCCUCCUGCUCUUCCUUGCACAAAGGCGGAGGUAGCAGUCCUGCUGCUGGGUUGUUGCCCUCCUACGGCCUCCUCCACUUCUCCUGAUGUACUGGCCUGUCUCCUGGUAGCGCCUCCAUGCUCUGGACACUACGCUGACAGCCACAGCAAACCUUCUUGCCACAGCUCGCAUUGAUGUGCCAUCCUGGAUGAGCUGCACUACCUGAGCCACUUGUGUGGGUUGUAGACUCCGUCUCAUGCUACCACUAGAGUGAAAGCACCACCAGCAUUCAAAAGUGACCAAAACAAUAGCCAGGAAGCAUAGGAACUGAGAAGUGGUCUGUGGUCACCACCUGCAAAACCAGUCCUUUAUUGGGGGUGUCUUGCUAAUUGCCUAUAAUUUCCACCUGUUGUCUAUUCCAUUUGCACAACAGCAUGUGAAAUGUAUUGUCAAUCAGUGUUGCUUCCUAAGUGGACAGUUUGAUUUCACAGAAGUGUGAUUGACUUGGAGUUACAUUGUAUUGUUUAAGUGUUCCCUUUAUUUUUUUGAGCAGUGUAUUAUGUAUAAGCUGGAAUUAGAGGACAAAGCAUUGUUGUUCACUAGUCUACUCCAAUUAGGGAAGGGGUGGUGGGGUUGGAAAGUAAUGAAGGGAAAUACGGUGGGGAGAACAAGUAUUUGAUACACUGCCGAUUUUGCAGGUUUUCCUACUUACAAAGCAUGUAGAGGUCUGUAAUUUUUAUCAUAGGUACACUUCAACGGUGAGAGACGGAAUCUAAAACAAAAAUCCAGAAAAUCACAUUGUAUGAUUUUUAAGGAAUUAAUUUGCAUUUUAUUGCAUGACAUAAGUAUUUGAUCAUCUACCAACCAGUAAGAAUUCCGGCUCUCACAGACCUGUUAGUUUUUCUUUAAGAAGCCCUCCUGUUCUCCACUCAUUACCUGUAUUAACUGCACCUGUUUGAACUCGUUACCUGUAUAAAAGACACCUGUCCACACACUCAAUCAAACAGACUCCAACCUCCACAAUGGCCAAGACCAGAGAGCUGUGUAAGGACAUCAGGGAUAACAUUGUAGACCUGCACAAGGCUGGGAUGGGCUACAGGACAAUAGGCAAGCAGCUUGGUGAGAAGGCAACAACUGUUGGCGCAAUUAUUAGAAAAUGGAAGAAGUUCAAGAUGACGGUCAAUCACCCUCGGUCUGGGGCUCCAUGCAAGAUCUCACCUCGUGGGGCAUCAAUGAUCAUGGGGAAGGUGAGGGAUCAGCCCAGAACUACACGGCAGGACCUGGUCAAUGACCUGAAGAGAGCUGGGACCACAGUCUCAAAGAAAACCAUUAGUAACACACUACGCCGUCAUGGAUUAAAAUCCUGCAGCACACGCAAGGUCCCCCUGCUCAAGCCAGCGCAUGUCCAGGCCCGUCUGAAGUUUGCCAAUGACCAUUUGGAUGAUCCAAAGGAGGAAUGGGAGAAGGUCAUGUGGUCUGAUGAGACAAAAAUAGAGAUUUUAGGUCUAAACUCCACUCGCCGUGUUUGGAGGAAGAAGAAGGAUGAGUACAACCCCAAGAACACCAUCCCAACCGUGAAGCAUGGAGGUGGAAACAUCAUUCUUUGGGGAUGCUUUUCUGCAAAGGGGACAGGACGACUGCACCGUAUUGAGGGGAGGAUGGAUGGGGCCAUGUAUCGCGAGAUCUUGGCCAACAACCUCCUUCCCUCAGUAAGAGCAUUGAAGAUGGAUCGUGGCUGGGUCUUCCAGCAUGACAAUGACCCGAAACACACAGCCAGGGCAACUAAGGAGUGGCUCCGUAAGAAGCAUCUCAAGGUCCUGGAGUGGCCUAGCCAGUCUCCAGACCUGAACCCAAUAGAACAUCUUUGGAGGGAGCUGAAAGUCCGUAUUGCCCAGCGACAGCCCCGAAACCUGAAGCAUCUGGAGAAGGUCUGUAUGGAGGAGUGGUCCAAAAUCCCUGCUGCAGUGUGUGCAAACCUGGUCAAGACCUACAGGAAUCGUAUGAUCUGUGUAAUUGCAAACAAAGGUUUCUGUACCAAAUAUUAAGUUCUGCUUUUCUGAUACUUAUGUCAUGCAAUAAAAUGCAAAUUAAUUACUUAAAAAUCAUACAAUGUGAUUUUCUGGAUUUUUGUUUUAGAUUCCGUCUCUCACAGUUGAAGUGUACCUAUGAUAAAAAGUACAGACCUCUACAUGCUUUGUAAGUAGGAAAACCUGCAAAAUCGGCAGUGUAUCAAAUACUUGUUCUCCCCACUGUAUAUAUAAGAAAAAAGAACGGUGUUUUAGGGUAUUAAAAAAUAUAUAUAUAUUGAGACAAUAUGUGUGGGCAUAGGCAGACGUUGCAAUUGGAGGAUGCAUUUUAUGUAUAUUCUAUAAUGAUAUUCAAUAGGCUACAUCACAUCUGUUGUACAUCUGUGGAGGGGGGUGCGCCAUUUUUUACAAUUCAUAUAGGCUACACUGUCUCGCGAAUGUCCCACAAAAUCAUCCUGUUGUCCCGCAUUUGGGUAUUUUAAAUGUGAUCACCCUAGGUGAAACAUCUGGCUCCUUGUUCUAUCUGUUGUGUUAUAUAGCUUUUUGUGCUCUCAGGGUUCAUCAAUGUUCACCUUAAGAGAUCGUUUGUGUCCAAACUGCUGACCAACCUGCUACUCAACGGUGUUCAACCUCCUCCCUUAGAGAGCAAGAAGAAGGUAGGUGAACGUUCUGCUUUUACGGGCGGUUUUCCCUUUUUAAAUGUGCUUGAAUCUGAUAUGUCCAUGAAAACCAUUGGAUGAAUCUUAUGUGGAUGUGUGUGUUUUUUGUAGGUGGUUGUGGACUUCUCAUCUCCAAACAUCGCCAAGGAGAUGCAUGUAGGUCACCUGCGCUCCACCAUCAUCGGGGACAGCAUGUGUCGCCUGUUUGAGUUCCUAGGCUACGACGUGUUGAGGUUAGUACAUCAGUCAAAAUGUGACACAGACAUAUAAAUUCAGUUUAUCUUUUUGAAGUGUACUGGUUUCACUUUAUUUUAUGUUACAGAAAUGACUAGGUAUUUACUUAACUACAUGGUAAAGUAGUAAUUAAACAAUAAUAACCUAUGAAUGUAUGUAGAGUUUCUGUGUUACAUUAUUAAACAGCUGUAGCGAUUGUCACUAAUAUACCAUGACUAAGCCAAAUGAAUACCAACAGAGCCAGAGCAACCCCUACAUUUCACAGUUAGUUUAUUUGACUCUCUGCCCUGCAGUAUAUCCUGUUAUUUGGUGUGUUUGUUUACAAUAUAAUCACUGUGCAUGUGUUUGUGUUGUGUUCCCCAGGCUGAAUCAUGUGGGGGACUGGGGCACCCAGUUUGGUAUGCUCAUCGCUCACCUGCAGGACAAGUUCCCAAACUACCUGACUGUGUCCCCUCCCAUUGGAGACCUGCAGGCAUUCUACAAAGUGAGUCCACCCAAAACAUCUGCUCAAUUUUUAUUUUUUAUUUAACUAAAUAUAAAAAAAAUAGGAUAAAGUUGACCACUACAGAUGGAGGUGGUGGGUUUAAUGUUGAGUUGUGUAGACUGUCCUAGGCAUACACUACAUAUUGUUCCUCACUAGCUGUCAUCAGAUAUGUUACCUACUGUCUCCCCUGAUGAUAUGAGUGAUUCCUCCCUGUCUGUCUGUACCAGGAGUCUAAGAAGCGUUUUGAUGAGGAGGAGGACUUUAAGAAGAGGGCCUACCAGUGUGUGGUCAAGCUGCAGAGCAAAGACCCAGCCUUCAUCAAAGGAUGGAACCUCAUCUGUGACGUUUCCAGGAAUGGUGGGUGGGAUGAAUGGAUAGAUGAAGGGAUGAUGAAAGUAAAAAUGAUAGUAAAGGCUAUGUUUUGAUCAAGGGGUAGUUAGACCUUAUGCCAAUUACUGUGAAGAAUCUAAAGUAACUAGGGCCCUAAAGAUAACAUUAUCAGAAUAAAUUCACAAAAAGGAAAUAGGCCUAGUACAGUAGUUCAGCUUAUAAUGAAAGGUCACAAUCAGACAGAAAGAUAAAUUUAUGGCAUUGGCCAUAUUGGAGUUAUUGACAUAGUCAAAAUGGGAGGUUCACAUGGGGUGAUGAGGUUUCAUGGUGACUCUAUUGUCAGUUCGGUUUAACUGGGGGGGUGUGUGUGUGUGUGUGUGUGUGUGUGUGUGUGUGAGAGAGAAAGCGCGCAUGUGUGUGGGCGUGUAUGAUAAGGCCUGAGGCGUCACAGCUCUGACUGGUCACAGCGCUCCAUAUUGUGUGAUCUCUGGGAGGAUUUCAACCUUGACGUGACAGACCGGGAGAGAGGGAAGAAAGGAGGGAGAGACAUUAUGUUCUCAAUGCCUUCAUCAGCCAGCAGUCUUGUCCCCACUGAGACACAGAUGAGGAAGGGCAAUUGGGUUGCUCCAUCCUUUUCUUUCUUCUUUAUUUCCUGAACGAGUGACUUUACUUCCUCGAGUCUCAUCCAAAGACAUGCGAUGUGGUUAGUGUUGAUUUCCUCCUAGUGUUGCUACUGUACUCUAACACAGAUUUUCCCUCCAACUCUUGUCUUUUUGUUUCUUGUAGAAUUCCAGAAGGUUUACAACUGUCUGGACAUCCAGAUCAUCGAGAGAGGAGAGUCAUUCUACCAGGAGAAGAUGACCGCCGUGGUCAAAGAGUUUGAGGCCAAAGGUCAGUCAGUUUAAAUCAGUCAAAACAAUUGUCAUUGUCAUUCAGUUGAUUUUCAUCUUAUUCAUAUUAUAUUAAGAUUGUACUCUUCACCUCACGUUGGUUGCUGUACUGCAGGGAUUCCCAACCAAGGGGGCGCAACCCCCAUAGGGGGGAGCCAACUUUUCGUGGGGGGGCGUGGGACCUUCCUUGAUUUGAGGGGUAAAAAAAUAUAAAUUUGCAAUUUAUUCCGAUCUAAAACAGUGCAUACAUCCACAAAGCUUUAGGCUAGAAACAUUUACAUUUAGUCAUUUAGCAGACACUCUUAUCCAGAGCGACUUACAGGAGCAAUUAUGGUUAAGUGCCUUGCUCAAGGGCACAUCGGCAGAUUUUUCACCUAGUCGGCUCUGGGAUUAGAACCAGCAACCUUUCGGUUACUGGCACAACGCUCUUAACCACUAAGCUACCUGCCGCCCCAGACAGGCAUGAGUAGACUCCAGAGUACUGCCCCCUCACUAGUUCAACAAGGUAAAAUGCCAGAGGAAGACGCGACUCUGUUGCACAUAGGAAUAUCUUUGGUUUGUGUCUCUGACAUUCAGAAGUUGAGCUAUGACCUUCUAAAGUCGAGGAGUCAAAGAAAUGUGACUUUGCUUGGGAAGUAAUCUUAUAUAAUUUCUGACUCUGUCGCUAUCAAUUGAUCUAUUCACUUUCUGUAAAAGAGAAUAUGUAUAGCCUGAUUAAUAGCCUACCUAAAAGAUGUCAUGAGUCUUGUUAAACUAUGUACAAUUGCAGGAAAUUAGCAUCAGAACAACAACAUUUUCCAAGGUCCCUCAAAUUAAACUGAAAAAGGUUGGGAACCCCUUCUGUACUGUACAGUGUUUGCUGUGGUGUGUACGUGUCCAGAAGGGGGCACUGUUGUCUCAGCAAUUCUCUCCUCUCCUCUCCUCUCCUCUCCUCUCCUCUCCUCUCCUCUCCUCUCCUCUCCUCUCCUCUCCUCUCCUCUCCUCUCCUCUCCUCUCCUCUCCUCUCCUCUCCUCUCCUCUCCUCUCCUCUCCUCUCCUCUCCUCUCCUCUCCUCUCCUCUCCUCCAGGCCUGGUGGAGAUGGACGAGGGACGUAAGAUAGUGUUUGCCCAGGGUCAGCAGAUCCCCCUGACAGUGGUGAAGUCUGACGGGGGCUACACAUACGACACAUCAGACCUGGCCGCCCUGCGCCAGCGGCUCUUUGACGAGAAGGCAGACAUCAUCAUCUACGUGACGGACAGUGGCCAGGUGAGGAGGGGGUUAAGGGAGCCAGGGGAGAGUGCCUAUAUUAUAGCCUGAGUGCCAGUCUGUUGGUGCUAUCAUGCCUACUCAUUGUCAUGCCAAACAUGUUUGGCUUUUACAAUGACAGCAUUGGAGUGGGCAAGAGGGCAAACAGAUCUGGGGCCAGGCUAGCUCUGUUGUGCCUCUGAGGUCCUGGCUGCGUGACGCCACCGGUGUCACCUGAUGAAAAGGUAAUCCACUCGGGGUCAGCUGUCUGUGUCUUGGUUACUCUGAGCCGGAGAGAGAAGAAAGAUACUGUCAGAGACAGGCAUGAAUAGAGGACUCCAGAGUACUGCCCCCUCACUGUAGUUCAACACCACAAUGAUUGGCUUGUCUGUGUGUUCACUCUCAUUUUUAGGCUGUAAAAGUUUCUACUGGAGUGGAUCGUACAUGCAAAGUCAUUAGGCUUACUUGCAGUGUUUUGCAACCAUCCUUAUUAGCCUGUCAAACUCUGUCUAAACAUUUAACUGGUGCCCAAUUCAUGACUGUAGUUAAUAAUGCAUAUAUUUAUUUCUUUUCUCUACAGGGCACCCACUUCCAGGUGGUGUUUGCAGCGGCUCAGAUGAUUGGUUGGUACGACCCCAAGGUUACACGAGUGGAGCAUGCUGGCUUUGGAGUGGUGCUGGGAGAGGAUAAGUGAGUAUCUACAAAUUACUGAAGUUCGUUUUUCCAGGGUCCUAUUCAUUAGCGCACAAAAAGUCAAACAUAAAAGUCCAAGGAGCCCCUCCUGUUUUAGUACGUUUUCUUCCAUUUGGUGUCUAAUGAACGCGACCCAGAUUGAUAUACGCUAACAGUCACGUGAUGUCAACAGACACAUGCCUAAUUAAGCAUUCAUAGCGCUGUAUACUGUACUGGGCCAUCCCAGAGACCACCCACCUGCUGCGUCAGCCUAUCAGCAUAGUAAAUUAGCACUCUUAGGUUGUAUUUGUCCAUUCAUUUGCUCUAUUGGCCCAUUGGUCACACAUCAUCCAGUUGUGUGUAUGGCUACUAGGAGUCUCAUUACUGAGCAGACAAUAUCACCCAGUGCUUUAAUAAAGUAUCAAACACAGUCAGAAUGGGUUGUGUUGGUCGUAGGAGGCUGGAGGGGUGGUGAGAGGAGCAAGCUAAGUGGUGGUUUGUGGUUAGAGCCUGGUACUCCACUGUCGGGGAUGAGAGGGAGCUGAAGCCCUGUUCAAACACUGUUCACUCAGUCAAAUACUAGAAAGUGGAAUAGCACAAAUCGUUUCUCAUGAUCCAGUUAUGUUGGAUUAAUGGUGAAGGGAGAAGGGAUGAAAGUGUUUCUGAAGUGUUGAGUGAGUAUUGUCCUUCCUUCUGUCUGUCUCUACAGGAAGAAGUUUAAGACUCGGUCCGGGGACACUGUGAGGCUGAUGGACCUGCUGGACGAGGGCCUGAAGAGGUCCAUGGACAAACUCAAGGAGAAAGAGCGAGACAAGGUGAUGGAUGCUGCCUGUGUUUCCAUCAAUACUGCGUAGCCAUUUGUUUCAUCCUAUUACCCACCUGAUUCUACUAAUCAACUCUUCUUCGAGGCCUUAAUAAGCCAAAUAAAGCCUGCAGGACACACACUGUGAGUAGAGUGUGUAGAACACAUCAUUACUACAGCCUGAACAGUCAUCUCUCUAAUGAUGGUGAAACCAGCCUGGCUGUGAGAGGUCUUUAGUGAAUCGCCAAGAGGAGGUCCUCUGAAUCAGGGUUUCGCUAGGCCUAUACUUGUCAAGGAUAUCGAAAAGUUACACACGCUGCAUUCAAUUAUGCAGAAAAGUUAGUAGGCGUAUAAUCGUCCUGCUCCCUGGGGCGUAAUCAAUUUAGCAAAUGCCAGCGGAUGGAGCCAAUUCAGACCCCCCAUGCCCUAUGUAGUUGGCAUCAGUGGCACCACGGGGCUGGACACACGCCCAACCCUGCCACCUUCUCGUCCCAACCUCAUUUAAGUACACCUGCCCGCCCUGCUCAAAACACACUCAUGCACACAAACUAUAUACACACAAAUACUAAAGAACACAAUCCACACACAUCCCCACUCUCUCUAGGUUUACAGUUACAGUUUAGUCAUUUAGCAGACACUCUUAUCCAGAGCGACUUCCAAUUAGUGAGUGCAUACAGUGGGGAAAAAAAGUAUUUAGUCAGCCACCAAUUGUGCAAGUUCUCCCACUUAAAAAGAUGAGAGAGGCCUGUAAUUUUCAUCAUAGGUACACGUCAACUAUGACAGACAAAAUGAGAAAAAAAAAUCCAGAAAAUCACAUUGUAGGAUUUUUAAUGAAUUUAUUUGCAAAUUAUGGUGGAAAAUAAGUAUUUGGUCACCUACAAACAAGCAAGAUUUCUGGCUCUCACAGACCUGUAACUUAUUCUUUAAGAGGCUCCUCUGUCCUCCACUCGUUACCUGUAUUAAUGGCACAUGUUGGAACUUGUUAUCAGUAUAAAAGACACCUGUCCACAACCUCAAACAGUCACACUCCAAACUCCACUAUGGCCAAGACCAAAGAGCUGUCAAAGGACACCAGAAACAAAAUUGUAGACCUGCACCAGGCUGGGAAGACUGAAUCUGCAAUAGGUAAGCAGCUUGGUUUGAAGAAAUCAACUGUGGGAGCAAUUAUUAGGAAAUGGAAGACAUACAAGACCACUGAUAAUUUCCCUAGAUCUGGGGCUCCACGCAAGAUCUCACCCCGUGGGGUCAAAAUGAUCACAAGAACGGUGAGCAAAAAUCCCAGAACCACACGGGGGGACCUAGUGAAUGACCUGCAGAGAGCUGGGACCAAAGUAACAAAGCCUACCAUCAGUAACACACUACGCUGCCAGGGACUCAAAUCCUGCAGUGCCAGUACAUGUCCAGGCCCGUCUGAAGUUUGCUAGAGUGCAUUUGGAUGAUCCAGAAGAGGAUUGGGAGAAUGUCAUAUGGUCAGAUGAAACCAAAAUAGAACUUUUUGGUAAAAACUCAACUCGUCGUGUUUGGAGGACAAAGAAUGCUGAGUUGCAUCCAAAGAACACCAUACCUACUGUGAAGCAUGGGGGUGGAAACAUCAUGCUUUGGGGCUGUUUUUCUUCAAAGGGUCCAGGACGACUGAUUCGUGUAAAGGAAAGAAUGAAUGGGGCCAUGUAUCGUGAGAUUUUGAGUGAAAACCUCCUUCCAUCAGCAAGGGCAUUGAAGAUGAAACGUGGCUGGGUCUUUCAGCAUGACAAUGAUCCCAAACACACCGCCCGGGCAACGAAGGAGUGGCUUCGUAAGAAGCAUUUCAAGGUCCUGGAGUGGCCUAGCCAGUCUCCAGAUCUCAACCCCAUAGAAAAUCUUUGGAGGGAGUUGAAAGUCUGUGUUGCCCAGCGACAGCCCCAAAACAUCACUGCUCUAGAGGAGAUCUGCAUGGAGGAAUGGGCCAAAAUACCAGCAACAGUGUGUGAAAACCUUGUGAAGACUUACAGAAAACGUUUGACCUGUGUCAUUGCCAACAAAGGGUAUAUAACAAAGUAUUGAGAAACUUUUGUUAUUGACCAAAUACUUAUUUUCCACCAUAAUUUGCAAAUAAAAUCAUUAAAAAUCCUACAAUGUGAUUUUCUGGAAAGAUUUUUCUAAUUUUGUCUGUCAUAGUUGACGUGUACCUAUGAUGAAAAUUACAUUGGCUGACUAAAUACUUUUUUUCCCCCACUGUACAUUUUUCAUACUGGCCCCUGUGGGAGUGAGCCUGUCCAUACCUAACAGGGUAUUGGACUAGACAUGGAUGUCGGAAGAAUUAGACUGUGUGUGGGGAAUGGGGAGUUUAAGGCUGGAAUGACAGGUCAGACUCAUAACAGUACAGUACUUCAACCUGUCCCAGAUACGUUGUGACACACAGAAACAAGUUGUGACCUGUGUCAGAUGCCCAGUGGACUGAACACAUGCCUGAUUGCCUGUAACUCUGAUCAUGUCUAACUCAGGUGCUGAGCACAGAGGAGCUGACCAAGGCCCAGCGCUCGGUGGCGUUCGGCUGCAUCAAGUACGCCGACCUGUCCCACAACCGCAUCAACGACUACGUGUUCUCCUUCGACAAGAUGCUGGAUGACCGGGGCAACACGGCUGCCUACCUGCUCUACGCCUUCACCCGCAUCAGGUGAUCCUUCGCUGGGCCGUAGGGAGCGACCACCACUCCCUCCCCUGGUUCUCUCUCCCCUCCCCUGGUGGUACUACGGGCUCAGUGGUCAUGCGCCCAGUCUGUCUCCAUUCAUCUGCCACAGAGGGGGAGGGGAAAGAGCCGUUUCGCCCAGGGUGGUUGAUGGUAACACACAGCAAUAGAGCACUCACAGGUGGCGGAAGACCCACACUGUGGGGGGAACUGUGGUUACACACGUACACACUAGGGGAGUAGUGGUUCACCAAACUCACGGUUCGGUACGUAUUGUGGUUUUGGAGUCACGGUUCGGUUUCGGUACAGUGGGAAAAUGAAAUGCCAACAGUUACUGUAGUUAAUUACGUACGUCCAACCUGCCUCACAACCGCAGACCCACGUGUAUGGCGUCGUAUGGGCGAGCGGUUUGCUGAUGUCAACAUUGGGAACACCGUGCCCCCAUGGUGGCGGUGUGGUUAUGGUAUGGGCAGGCAUAAGCUACGGACAACGAACUAAAUUGCAUUUUAUCAAUGGCAAUUUGAAUGCACUAAAAUACCGUGAUGAGAUCCUGAGGCCCAUUGUUUUUUAAGGUAUCUGUGACCAACAGAUGCAUAUCUGUAUUCCCAGUCAUCUGAAAAUCAUAGAUUAGGGCCUAAUACAUUUAUUUCAAUUGACUGAUUUCCUCAUAUUAACCGUAACUCAGUAAAAUCAAUGAAAUUGUUGCAUGUUGCGUUUAUAUUUUUGUUCUAUAUAGUUCCCAGCUGCGCCUCACAAAAGGAUAGUUUGAAAUAUGCCAGUUAAGAUACACAUUUCUAUUACAACGUGUGCAUAGGCUCUAGUUGUUUUUAACGGAAUAGCCUACAAUGUUUUUUCAGCUCAGAUCGGUAAGUAAGCAUUUCACUCUCAGUCCACACCUGUUGUUUACGAAGCAUGUGAGAAAUACAAUUUGAUUUGAUUUACUUGAGGCAAUGGCAUACAACGCAGCGUAGGGAUAAGCCUAUAGGCCUAGGGUUUAUUUUUUCUAUGUCAUUUUUUAUGUAUUCAUUCCGGUUCACAGUGCGGACCGAACCGAGGUUGCUUGGUUUUAGCAUUAUGUUUGAAACCCCAGGAUGUUUGAAACCCCAGGAUACUGCUCAUCUUGUAUAUGGUCCUCUGUAGCUCAAUUGGUAGAGCAUUGCGCUUGUAACGCCAGGGUAGUGGGUUCGAUCCCCGGGACCACCCAUAAGUAAAAAUGUAUGCGCACAUGACUGUAAGUCGCUUUGGAUAAAAGCGUCUGCUAAAUGGCAUAUUAUUAUUAUUAUUAUUAUUAUUAUCUGGGGUUGUAGAUGGCUAGCGAGAGAACACGAAGGCAUUGUUCUGGGAUAAUUUGAUUACACAGAUAUAGUCUAUUUUGAUAGCCGUUGAUGCUCCAACCAACUGAGCUGUCUGGACCAGCAGCAUCACCUGUGAUUAUCUUGUCCAUUGUGGUCCCACCUAACAAGUGUUGCUAUUAUCAUGUAUUUAUAUGAUAACUACAUAGGCAGGUUAUCACAAUAUACAGUAUGCACACCUUAUAAAAUGAAGAGGGAAAAAAAUGUGGUCUGACAUUAAUAUCCUACUCAACUUCAUAUCCCUUCCACUCCUGUGUCUAUAUCUGAAGGUCCAUAGCCCGGCUGGCUAACAUUGACGAGGCGGCGCUCCGUAAAGCAGCAGAGACCACGGAGGUGCUCCUGCAGCACGACAAGGAGUGGAAGCUGGGCAAGUGUCUCAUGCGGUUCCCUGAGAUCCUGCAGAAGAUCCUGGAUGACCUCCUGCUCCACACUCUGUGUGACUACCUGUACGAGCUGGCCACCACCUUCACAGAGUUCUAUGACAGCUGCUACUGCAUCGAGAAGGACCGCCAGACAGGUAGGGCAGAGACACUGGGGUGAUAGAGAAUGAGAAAGUUGUCCAUCUUUCUAUCAGUCUAUCUGUCUCCAUUCAUCCAUCCAUCCAAUGGUCCAUACUAAAUGCUGGUUCUAUAUCCCUGUUAGGAGGGGAUCAUGAUUUCUUGGAAAUGUUUACUCUUUGGGCUAAAAUCUGAGAUAUUUCUUGGCUUUGCCAGUUGGUAGUUGCUGUCAUGCACAGCCCCAGACUUCUGCUCGUCUCAUAUAAUCCUAAAUAGCCCACUGAGAGGGACAAUCACAAACAACACCAGUCAGAGGGGUGGUGGCAGAGAUCAAGCAUCGUUGUAAACCGAUCCACUAGCAUCUGUUAGCAUUUACCCUACUGUGGGCCACAUCAUUUGUUUGUCUUACUGUAUGUUAUAAUAAUAAUAAUAAUUGUAUAUUGCACCUACUCCACAUUUUCCAGGAAUAUUCUUAUCAUGUUACUGAAUGUAUCCAGAGUAUUUUCAGAUUUUUGGGGCGGCAAAAAGUACAGUAAAUGUAAAAUGUACAUAAAAUCAAAAGUAAUGUUUGGAUUCAGUCUUGUCAGGUGAACUGUUGUGUCCUCAAUUUUGGUCGAAUAAUUUCCCCAUAAUAUCCAAACUCAUUAAAUCAAAUAUUAGUCACAUGCGCCGAAUACCUUACCGUGAAAUGCUUACUUACAAGCCCUUAACCAACAAUGCAGUUUUAAGAAAAUCUACAGCUAUGACCAAACUUGUCAUAGCAAGACUCAUUUUAAUCCACUGAAACAAAUCAGGAAGAUAAAAACAGAAAAUAAUAAACUGUUCCCUUUUACUUGCUACCAUGCUUAAGCAUUUCAUAUUUUUUCUGAUAGAAACAUUUCAAUUUAGCCCUAUCCAUAUAGACCAAUUCACACAAGUGUAAAGAGUUAACCUUAUUCGUUUAACAUUGUCUUUUUUUAUGAAUAUGGCAGCUUGUUUUCCACCCUUCAGUUAGUAAGUUACAGUAAAAUGAAGGGCAAUUUGAUUUUAGCCAUACAAAUAUGGUUGCCUACAGACCAAUAUAAAUCUUUCAUGACUAGUCUAUGGGUGGUUCUCAAUAACACCUUAUAUCUUUGCCUUUGUCUACCUUUGCUCAACUGGGUUUAAAGGAGCCGACUGGGAUGUGUAACAUUGGAUGACAAUGGCAAGGACAUUACCAAGGGCUUGAAUGACUCUGUCGAUAACAGAUGAUUGUCCCCUACGAUGAAAUCGGGAAGGGGACUGUGGAUCGAUCUCCAUCUGUUCGUACGUUAGUUACGCGAUAUCUGAUGGUAUGGACCCGAUUCUAACGAAACUUGGGUGAAUGAUGCGUCUUGCCAUAGAAAUCCAUCAUUUACAAAAUUACACUGAGUGGCCCAAGGUGGGCGCUAUAGUAAUUAACUGAAAUGUGUGAGUCACACCAGAGAGGAAGAGGUGAAGCGAGAGGCAUAACUGGGCCCAAAAUCUGUCUUCUCCAGUAGGUGGUGUUUUUCUUUCUUUUUUUUGCUCACCAAACAAGGAUCUUUGGAAUGGAGUUCAAUGAGAAGAGUGUCGAAUUUGAUUAACAAAAUAUGUAAUGGCUUAUUUGCUACGCUUGGCUUAUUUGAUCGAGUAGAAGUUUCGUAAUCCUUAGGUGGUUAUGAGUGUACUGAUAUGUAGGACAUGUGACAUCCUGGCAACUUUGAGAAAAAACACUUGUGCCUGUUGUUCACAAGCAUAUCUGCCCUCUCAUUGGCUAGAAUGGUCCCACCUGAUCUUGCCUCCUACCAACUGCCUUCUAGUCUGAGUACCAGUCUCUUUUUAGCUAACAUUUCACUCCUUGUCAUUGCAAAAGAGUCUUUGGCACAUGACAUAGAGUACAGGGAGUAGAUUAGCUAAACUGGUACCUAGGCACUUAAAUAUUUUGUCUUGCUGAUUCACCCUCUGAAUGGCACACAUACACAAUCCAUGUCUCAAGGCUUAAAACUCCUUCUUUAACCUGUCUCCUCCCCUUCAUCUACACUGAUUUUAAGUGCAUUUAACAAGUGACAUCAAUAAGGGAUCAUAGCUUUCACCUGAAUUCACCUGGUCAGUUUGUCAUGGAAAGAGGUAUUCAUAAUGUUUUGUACACUCAGUAUAUAUUACGAUAACUGAAAUGUGUUAGUCACACCCGAUAUCUCAAUUGGCCCAUGGGGGACGACAUGUUUACUGUUGCCUUGUUUGUUAGUGUAAAUGAAUUUAGAAACUGUAUUGUUUGUCAAUUACAUUGACGUCCAUGUCCUAAAUGUCCCAUCUGUGUAAUUUCCCCUCUUCCUCUCAUUACUAGCUUAAUUAGGGGUUUAGCAGCGAAGCUGGUGAAACCCUAUUGUAUUUGUUGCCGUUCAUUAUUAUUAUACCGGGUUCUUCCCCCAAGGAAAAUAAAAUGCAAAUUCCCAUGAUAUGGUAAGGGCUAGGACGGCCCAACAUGGCAUGAUCGUAAAGGCCCAUGGGCUACACCCUCUCAUGCAUAGCCAUGCCAAUUGGCCACAUGGUGGCGCUAUAACACGUGAUUGAAAAUGCCAACUUUGAAAGCUCACGCCCCUCACCCCGUUUGAAAAUUUAGUAUGUCUCUCUGCUCACAAGGAACACAUUUUCCUCAAGGACCCAUAAAGUCCGUAAGGAUGGAUUUUCCGUCAUUUUGAGUUUUGUGAAAAAUGCUUAAAACGCUACUCCUCUGGCGACUGAUCUGCACGUAACUUGAUAUCUGGCAUCUAUGGACCAAGGUCUCUCAGCACACUAUUUUCCAGGCUAGUAUGUCAAACAACAAUGCCGCUACUGACUAAUAAACAUUCAAGUGGACGUGGUCUCGCACAGAAAUGCCUAUAAAUCAGUCACGGAUAUUCGUAAUGUAAUAAAACUUUGUGCACAUAUUGCAAACACUGUCAAGAUUCAGCAUAAUCAAGCACCUUCAUAUCGACCACACGGUGGCACAAUAACGGGCACAUUUUUAUAUCUCUUGAUCUGUUUGACUUAGUGAUGAAAUUUGGAAUACAUGCUCAAGGAUAUGAGUCUAGCCAACCUGUAAAGUAUGGUUGAGUUUGGCCACAUUGUGGUGCUGUUGGACAGGUAAAACCAUUCACACAAGCUCAUUGACUUGUAGCGGCCAUAUUAUUUCAGUUAGACUCUUGGAAAAUAGUGUGUUUGAAGAUGUGCAUCCAUAGAUGCUAUAUACCAAAUUUGUUGCCGAUUGAUCCAGCGGUUCUGGAGAAGAAGACGUUUAAAGAAGUCAACAUCAUUGAAAUUGGUCCAAAAUGCAUCAGAAGCAUAUUAUAUUGCAUGAUCAGUUUGAUUUUGAGUUCUGAUUUGGCAAGUGUGGUAAACGGUACAGAAGUAGCUCCUCCUAGGACAAUGUGUCCAAUUUGUCCUGGCACAGUGGGCACACAGCUAAACCCUGGCAACACUGCUUGCAGCUUUAAUUUCUAUUGGAUCUUCUCAUCGUGUAGCAAUAUGCCCCAUGGAUCGUUGAGUUGUGAAUAUUGCAUAGCAUCACAUUUAUUUAGUGACUGUUCUGUUAUUGGGACAUGUUAUGUGAUUUUAGUGUAAUUUGAUUGGAUGAAAUGAACUAAGAUCUACUACCAGUCAAAAGUUUGGACACCAACUAAUUCAAGGGUUUUUCUUUAUUUUACUAUUUUUUACAUUGUAGAAUAAUAGUGAAGACAUCAAAACUAUGAAAUAACACAUGGAAUCAUGUAGUAACCAACAAAGUGUUAAACAAAUCAAAAUAUAUUUUAUAUUUGAGAUUUUUCAAAUGGCCACCCUUUGCCUUGAUGACAGCUUUACACACUCUUGGCAUUCUCUCAACCAGCUUCAUGAGGUAGUCACCUGGAAUGCAUUUCAAUUAACAGGUGUGCCUUCUUAAAAGUUAAUUUGUGGAAUUGAUUUCCUUCUUAAUGCGUUUGAGCCAAUCAGUUGUGUUGUGACAAGGUGGGGGGUGGGGGGGGGGGGGGGGGGGUAUACAGAAGAUAGCCCUAUUUGGUAAAAGACCAAGUCCAUAUUAUGGCAAGAACAGCUCAAAUAAGCAAAGAGAAACGACAGUCCAUCAUUACUUUAAGACAUGAAGGUCAGUCAAUACGGAACAUUUCAAGAACUUUGAAAGUUCCUUCAAGUCGCAAAAACCAUCAAGCGCUAUGAUGAAACUGGCUCUCAUGAGGACCGCCACAAGAAUGGAAGACCCAGAGUUACGUCUGCUGCAGAGGAUAAGUUCAUUAGUGUUACUAGCCUCAGAAAUUGCAGCCCAAAUAAAUGCGUUACAGAGUUCAAGUCACAGACACAUCUCAACAUCAACUGUUCAGAGGGGACUGUGUGAAUCAGGCCUUCAUGGUCAAAUUGCUGCAAAGAAACCACUACUAAAGGACACCAAUAAGAAGAAGAGACCUGCUUGGGCCAAGAAACACGAGCAAUGGACAUUUGACCGGUGGAAAUUUGUCCUUUGGUCUGCAGUCCAAACUUGAGGUUUUUGGUUCCAACCGCCGUGUCUUUGUGAGACGCGGUCUGGGUGAACGGAUGAUCUCCGCAUGUGUAGUUCCCACCGUAAAGCAUGGAGGAGGACGUGUCGGGGUGCUUUGCUGAUGACACUGUCUGUGAUUUAUUUAGAAUUCAAGGCACACUUAACCAGCAUGGCUACCACAGCAUUCUGCAGCGAUACGCCAUCCCAUCUGGUUUGGGCUUAUUUUACCAAGAAGGAGAGUGAUGGAGUGCUGCAUCAGAUGAUCUGGCCUCCACAAUCCCCCGACCUCAACCCAAUUAAGAUGGUUUGGGAUGAGUCGGACGGCAGAGUGAAAGAAAAGCAGCCAACAAGUGCUCAGCAUAUGUGGGAACUCCUUCAAGACUGUUGGAAAAGCAUUCCAGGUGAAGCUGGUUGAGAGAAUGCCAUGAGUGUGCAAAGCUGUCAUAAAGGCAAAGGGUGGCUAUUUGAAGAAUCUCAAAUCUCAAAUAUAUUUUGAUAUCGUUAACACUUAUUUGCUUGCUACAUGAUUCCAUAUGUGUUAUUUCAUAGUUUUGAUGUCUUCACUAUUAUUCUACAAUGUAGAAAAUAGUAAAAAUAAAGUCAAACCCUUGAAUGAGUAGGUGUGUCCAAACUUUUGACUGGUACUGUAUGUGUUGACCCAUCUCUCUGUCUUGGUUUCUGUCUCUCUCUCUCUCUCUCUCUCGCUCUAUUUCUCUCCCACUGUCCUUCUCUCUGUCUCUCUCUACAGGUGAGGUGGUGAAAGUGAACAUGUGGAGGAUGCUCCUGUGCGACGCCACUGCCGCCAUCAUGGCUAAAGGCUUCGACAUCCUGGGCAUCAACCCUGUCUCCAGGAUGUGACCUCACAGAGACAUCAUCACCAUGCCCUCUUCCCAACUCCUCAGACGACAGGGGGGAAAAAAGAGCCUCUUCACCCAUUAACGUCACCUGGGAUUUUACUGUAUACCAAAUAAAUAAAUAAAUACUGCUUGUAAAAAAAUAAAAAAUUGGCUCUGGCACCGUGCUCAUUUAUCUCCAUAUACAGUGGGGAAAAAAAGUAUUUAGUCAGCCACCAAUUGUGCAAGUUCUCCCACUUAAAAAGAUGAGAGAGGCCUGUAAUUUUCAUCAUAAGUACACGUCAACUAUGACAGACAAAUUGAGAAAAAUAAAUCCAGAAAAUCACAUUGUAGGAUUUUUAAUGAAUUUAUUUGCAAAUUAUGGUGGAAAAUAAGUAUUUGGUCACCUACAAACAAGCAAGAUUUCUGGCUCUCACAGACCUGUAACUUCUUCUUUAAGAGGCUCCUCUGUCCUCCACUCGUUACCUGUAUUAAUGACACCUGUUUGAACUUGUUAUCAGUAUAAAAGACACCUGUCCACAACCUCAAACAGUCACACUCCAAACUCCACUAUGGCCAAGACCAAAGAGCUGUCAAAGGACACCAGAAACAAAAUUGUAGACCUGCACCAGGCUGGGAAGACUGAAUCUGCAAUAGGUAAGCAGCUUGGUUUGAAGAAAUCAACUGUGGGAGCAAUUAUUAGGAAAUGGAAGACAUGGAAGACAUACAAGACCACUGAUAAUCUCCCUCGAUCUGGGGCUCCACGCAAGAUCUCACCCCGUGGGGUCAAAAUGAUCACAAGAACGGUGAGCAAAAAUCCCAGAACCACACGGGGGACCUAGUGAAUGACCUGCAGAGAGCUGGGACCAAAGUAACAAAGCCUACCAUCAGUAACACACUACGCCGCCAGGGACUCAAAUCCUGCAGUGCCAGACGUGUCCCCCUGCUUAAGCCAGUACAUGUCCAGGCCCGUCUGAAGUUUGCUAGAGUGCGUUUGGAUGAUCCAGAAGAGGAUUGGGAGAAUGUCAUAUGGUCGGAUGAAACCAAAAUAGAACUUUUGGGUAAAAACUCAACUCGUCGUGUUUGGAGGACAAAGAAUGCUGAGUUGCAUCCAAAGAACACCAUACCUACUGUGAAGCAUGGGGGUGGAAACAUCAUGCUUUGGGGCUGUUUUUCUGCAAAGGGACCAAGACGACUGAUCCGUGUAAAGGACAGAAUGACUGGGGCCAUGUAUCGUGAGAUUUUGAGUGAAAACCUCCUUCCAUCAGCAAGGGCAUUGAAGAUGAAACGUGGCUGGGUCUUUCAGCAUGACAAUGAUCCCAAACACACCGCCCGGGCAACGAAGGAGUGGCUUCGUAAGAAGCAUUUCAAGGUCCUGGAGUGGCCUAGCCAGUCUCCAGAUCUCAACCCCAUAGAAAAUCUUUGGAGGGAGUUGAAAGUCUGUGUUGCCCAGCGACAGCCCCAAAACAUCACUGCUCUAGAGGAGAUCUGCAUGGAGGAAUGGGCCAAAAUACCAGCAACAGUGUGUGAAAACCUUGUGAAGACUUACAGAAAACGUUUGACCUGUGUCAUUGCCAACAAAGGGUAUAUAACAAAGUAUUGAGAAACUUUUGUUAUUGACCAAAUACUUAUUUUCCACCAUAAUUUGCAAAUAAAUUCAUUAAAAAUCCUACAAUGUGAUUUUCUGGAGAAAAAAAAUCUCAUUUUGUCUGUCAUAGUUGACGUGUACCUAUGAUGAAAAUUACAGGCCUCUCUCAUCAUCUUAAGUGGGAGAACUUGCACAAUUGGUGACUGACUAAAUACUUUUUUUCCCCACUGUAAAUGUCAGAAUACCUACCAAGAGAUUGAGGAAUGGUUGGAGAGGUGGCCAAAACAGCAAUACUGACCUGGCUACAGCUCAAUCAUUGCACAUGGGGUCCAAGAUGGAUGGAUGUGUUACAAAUGUAUCUUGGUUUAUUGUAGUAAAUAUGGGCUGAUCCCGACUGGCCAAAUAAUACACUAUUUCAUAAUACACUGUUUCAUAAUACACUGUUUCAGAUGAAAUACAAGCGAAAAAGGAAGCAUAAGUAGCUAAACAGGUAUCCAUUCAUUCUUGAAGUGUGUCGCUUAAAUAGAGCAUAUUAUUUUGGCUAUUUGAGCCUCAUUUUUGAGAUGUUUGCCUUUGAAGUCGACAGUGGGAAGGUUUUCUGUCAUCUUAGUCCACCUAUCUCAUCUGUCAUCCAAGUCUACAUAUUUGAAACCCAGGCACCUGUGGUAUUGGUCACUUGAGGACAAAGAGCCAAGUGAAGAAGACUCUUGCCUAUCCUGAAAAAGAUUGGGAAUCAAU